UGUUUGCCUACACCGCAAACGGCUCCACUUUUACGCAAAUUAGUUAUGUUUUGGGUAUGGAAUUUUGCUAAUUUACCGAAUUCGUCCAAAAUAGCUAUUAAUUGGGUACGAGAUAAUGGCUUGUUACGGGCAAGUAUGGAUUGUAAAAGAUAUAGGAAAUCGGCGGUAUUAUACGUAUACCACUUGUGAAUUAAAAGUUACAGGGAAACGGCUUAAAAUUUUUCAAUCAGGACAACUGUGGUGGCCUUAAGCAGACGUCGCUCGUCCGUUGUUUUACAGAAUUUGUAACUACUUAUUACAAUAUUUAAAUGCAUCAUUUGCAUCAUUGAUAAGAUAUUGUAGCCCUUGUUAGAUAUUCUAGCUGUUGUAUACAUGGUAAUAUCAAUUGUAUUUUUCCCGUGGAACGUUGUUUUUGGAGCUAUUGGCCAAAUAGCAACAUUUAAAUACUUAGAAUCUUGUGUGAAUUCACCGUCGCAUAUUUUUAAAUCUCCAUUCGCGCGGAGAUCUUCAUGAAUCAGAUGAAUCCCAUCCGGAAUAUCUUAAGGAAAAGGAUUUUUUUAAAACAAAAUCUUUUAAAGCACUGUUCGACUUUACUGAUUGCCAAGAGCAUCAGUAAUAUGUGAAUAACCCACACUCCCCUUCUUUCUUGAUUUCUUGAAGUUGGGCGAAGUGCCAAAGCUCACGUACACGUGGUUCUAUAUUAGUGUGUGUAAGUGAUGUGGUAAUUUCCUUCGAGCACCGGUCUAUCGUUUGGUAACACUGAAUGUGACAGUUAUCUUUCAACUGUUUUCAUUUGUUGGAAUAUUACGUGUAAACAUAUAGUUUUUACCUAAAAGGUUAAAAAUAAUAGAAGUAUUGUAAAAAGAGGAAAGAAGAGCUUGGAAAUACAGGUUGUAUAUAAUUUAGUAUAUAAUUCAGUUUUUACUAAUGAAUGACAGUAUAUUCGUCUUAGAUACGAAUUUUGAUCCAUGAUCAGAUAACUAAAAAGUUAGUUAACCAACGAAGAAGAACAAUAUUAUGGUACUACAUUAUACGAGAAUCGAUAGAUUUCGAAUCUCAAUAUUCUGUGACACGUAAUAAAUUAUACAAAGAACAACAAUGGAUUUCAGAGUACCAAUACUACCACUGUCAUGUAAAAUAGAACAACAAAAAUUUGUUGUUGUAUGAUAAAUAAUUCUUUUACGCUUUUCUACUUUAUGCUUACAUGCUAUGUAACGUUCAAAGUUCACAUAUAAAGAGAACAUUAACAGAAAUUUUGGUCUUUUACUUCUAUACCUAUAUUUAUGAAGUAUGGAAGUACUAAAACAACAGAAGAAAGGAAAAAAUAAAACUAAGAAAUAUAGUAUAGAACAACAAAUACCAGAUGCUCCGACAUUGGAAGAAUUUGAAUGUUUGCUUGGAGAAUCUCCUACAAAUUUUCCUAAGGGUGUCGGUAUUGAAAACAUGGAAAGUGAAUUACAAUCUGCUUCAAUUGAUACAGAGAUCUAUGAACAACAAACUGUUGAAAAAACUAAGCAAGAAUCGGCACAUAGUUCAUCAGUACCAAUUAAUAAGGAUGAAAUAAAAGAUUCUGCACCAUUGGAAGAUACCUUAAAAAAAGAAGAGGAGACAGUUAAGACAUUAAUCUCUACAAUGCAACUAGUAGAUACUGUGUCUGAUACUGUAGUUCCUAGUAAUGAAACUGCAGUGUCAAAUUUACCGCAAUCUACAUUGAAUACAUUAGAUUCAAAGAGUUUGACAUGUGACAAACAAACAGAAAAACCGUCAGAAUCUAUUACAGAUACCACAGAUGGCAUACAUACCACUGUUAAAAAAAUUGUACCUUUUACGGACGUCCAGAUAGCAUCACUGUAUAAUAACGAAGAGUUGGCAUUGGUUGAUUCGUUUAUUUCAGAAUUUACAGAAACGCAACUUAAAAGUAAUACAAUUAGACAGCAACAUACAUUACACGAACUCUUAAAGAGUUAUCUUCGUGUAAGAAAUCAUUUAAUUAUCAAUUCACACGAACUGGAAAUUUUAAAAAAAACAUGUAGACAAACACAAAACCAGUUAUGGUGUUUGGAAAAAGCCUAUAUUACAGAAACAGGGGAAUGUCAAGAUGGAAAUCCAGUUACCGCAGUACACGAAUAUUCUGUUGCACAUUUUAAUCAAGAAGCAUUAGUAAUUCUAUCUCGAAAUUUAUCAACAAUAAAGGACAUGUUACAUAAUACUCAAGCAUUAUAUUCUUACGAAGUUGAAUUAUUGAGAUUACAAAUUGAACAAUAUAUUAAAAGAGUAUGUAUCUCUUGUAAAGAAUUUACAGAUCUUCCUCAAAAUGCACCUGUAAAUCUAAUGCCAGUAGACACGCCUCUACAAAUACUACCACAACUAGUGGAACUUAAAAUGUGCAUAACUAUAUUGUUUACUUUUCAAAGAAAAUUAUUAAAAGAUGGAAAAUUUGUAACAGAUACCAGAGACUGGUUGACGAAACUAGUGGCAAUUUUAUUGCGAAUGGCAAAUUGGCAAGAUCAUUUAUUCCUAUUGAAUCAUAUUCUAAGAUGCCCUGGUGGUGUAAUGAAUUGGGCAUCUAGUUAUGUUCAAAUGCCGGUACCACAACAAUUUAAUAAAUUAAGUACAUCUCCAUUGAAUGAUCCAUACUUAAACCAUAUAAUAGCUACAUUAGCUGUUAUUCUACUACCAAUUAAAGAUAGAGAUACAUUUCUCGAACAGGUACAAAUGUCAUUACAAGAUACAGCAUGUAGUCUUGGUGAUUCAGUUUGGGUAAUGUUGGAUGAAGAAGGAGAAGAAGAUGAAGAUCUAGCUAAUAUCGGAGCAAACCUAUCUGAAAAUGAUCUUAUUUUAUUAUUAAAUCAAAUUCCUUUUAACAAAGUAUUUGAACAUGUGUUGUACAUCCGGUAUCAAAAUGAUAGAUACCAUCAAAACAAAAAUUGUAUUACUCAUCAUUAUAUGUUUCGAAUGUUUGCAUUUUUUACAAUUGUUGUUAAAAUUUUAAAACAAGGUAUAAAAACAUAUAAUUCCCCGAGAUACAGACAAUUAGCUAAACGACUAUGUGCAUUAAUCAAAGAUAUUGUGCAGUAUGCUAGCGACCAAUGGGAAGAAUUUGAUAAAAGUCAGAUUAUGGACGAAUCAACAUUGCCAAAACUUCAAAUUGAAUUUGAUUGUUUUUUUUUGAGAGCAAUUCUUAGUAUAUUUUCAUCGCGUCGUUUAGGCGCAUGGCAAUAUUUAGCUGCUGUUCCAUAUAAUUUAAUAUCUUCGAAUACUUUGUGGCAGAUUUUUUAUAUUUUACAUACUGAAUCUGUUCAAACAGAUAUACAUACUGCUAGUAUAUCUCUACAGAAUUGGGAAAAUGAAUUAAAUUGUCCGCAACUUCGUAAAAAAUUUGAAGAAAAAUUAAGCAAUAUACCAGGAGAUGAAUCGUAUUAUCUUUUAACGACUUUUGCUAAUAUGGCUAUGGCUAGAGAUGAUAAAGAUUAUGACUUUGUAAGAGCAACGACGAUGGAUUUAUUUCAAAUCGGCUUUCUCAGUGAAAAAACACAAGACUCGUGUUCAAAAGAUGCUCGCACUCUUUUAUCAAAUUUAACAAAUAAAUAUCCUUCACUUCUGUCAGAUAUUUUGCAGAAACUAAAAGAUAACUUUGUAUCAGUUGGAAAGCUAAGUUUAUAUUUAUUUACUGAAUUAAAAAUAGACAAAUGGAUUCCACAAGAAGAAAAUAUAGUAAUUCUUGCAAGAUGGUUACAUGAAUACCCAUUGUCAUCAACUGAGAAUUAUUUAGCUCGUUUAGUUCUUACCCAUUUGAAUUGGGGUUUUGAUAAGAAUGGUAAUUUAUACCUUCCCAUUGGUUUACAUAGACGUGUAGCAUUACUAAUUGUUGAACUUACAAUGAAGUAUGUACCUGAUGUUUCCAUCCAACCUGUAUCUUUAUUAGUGGAAGGUGUUAAGCAGGUCUCGUCAAUAAUAAGGCCUCAGAAUACUGAACAUGCUUUUUCAUUAUGGACAUGGGAAAUGAUUUCUAAACUUAGAUUACACCAACUUGAUCAAAACGAAGCAAUUUGUCAACAUACGUUAAUGAAUCCUUCAGAAGCAUUAACUUCUAUACCUAAUAUGGGUACUGACGCAAAUUUAGAAAUUGUAGCAAUUGGUACACGAGAAAAACAACCGAUAGCAUGCUAUGUAGCAACAGUUAUGACGUUAUGGGGUCACUCUGUACCUUUAAUAUGUUUAAAAGGUUUCAGUCAAUUGCAGAUAUUACAGAGCUAUUGUAAAUACGAACAUAUUCUUGUAUGUUUACAUCAUAUUAUACCAUUGUUUUUGGAGUGUCCCGAAUCAUUACUAAAAAAUCAGAAAUUUAAUAGUCUAAUUAUGUCUCUAAUUGCGGCCGAUAAAUCCUACAUGAAUACGGUUAAAAGUUUUAUAGCCACAGAAUUUCCAGGAACAAUAUUGAAACAUUUUUCAAACAUGAUACACUCACAUUUGUAUAAUUUUAAAAGAUAUUGUUUAAAAAGUUCCAAGGAUUUUGUACAUCUGUGGCUGAAUAUACUACUGCUUGUACCAGAUUGGAAUAAAGAUCAAAGUGUAAUGUAUUUGAUGGAUACUGUGAUUAGUGUUGCAUUUUUCGAUCCAGAAGCAAAAGCAACGGUGGAGAAUACGUUUCAGAGUCUUUUUUCUAAUACCACUUCCAAUUGGAAUAUAGCAGCAUCGUUUGGAUCAUUUUUAAAUUGGGCUACCGGUUCCUUAAAUUCAACAAGCCUUUUGGGUGGAUCUGUACAAUCAAUUUGGGUUGCUUAUCAAGUAUUGUCAAUUGAACAAUUUAAUAGAGAAAUUAAAACCGGUCUAUGGCGUGAAAUUUUACAAGAAUUGUCAACACAGACUAAAAUAUCAUUGCAUACUGCUAUUAAGAGAGCUUGUGCCACAGUAAAAAUGCAACCAUUUGGGGAUAAUGCAUUAUUUAUAUAUCGUUGGUCUCAACAAGCACUAGAUACUUCUAUGGAUCAUCCCAUUCUUCCUCUUUUAUGGCAAAAUUUUUUUGCAUUAUUUCUUGCCAGAGUUCCGACGACACUAGGAACUACUAAUCAUGGAGGACUUGGUGAAAAAUUCUUUGAAGGCAUGAUCAAUUUAAGUUACUUGAAAAAAUUAAAGAAACGUCUACAUGAUACUACUACAUAUUUUCAGUUAAAAGGAGAAAAUGAUUUGGAUGAUGGGAAACCAAUUACUGAGGAGAGACGAAUAUUUUAUUUUAAUGCAGCAAAAUUUUAUAAAACAUUAAGUUUGUGGCUUGAGGAACCAAGAUUGCAAGAGCCAGGUCUUUAUUUGCCAGCAUUACCUCCGCAAUACAUGUCGCAAAAAUUAAUAUUACUUGUUCAAGAUGAUUGGACUCCAUGGUUAGAAUAUGUUGAUUAUUGGACGGUACAGCAAAACCAAAUAAACGCGGUCCAAGAAUGGGAACGUAUGUGGUGCAGAGAUAGAGAAAAUCAGAACCAAAAAGGAAUAGAUACAGCAAUUGCAUCGUCAGAAAUAUCUGAUCCAUUGCAAAGAAUUUUUAAAAAAUUGACAACAUAUGAACGGCCUGUUCCACCGCCACUUUUAAAUCGAAAUCAAACAAUUCUUCAUCAUGUACAUAGACAUAACAUAUACAACUGCAAUACAGUCAUCGACUUAGUACAGCCACACCUUAGACAUUUAUUAGAAUAUGCUCAAACAUAUAAUUUAAUGAUUUCUGAACACAGAGCGGUAGAUUGUAGUUUUUUGGAAUUAGUACCGAAACUUUAUCGGGAAAUUCAAAAUCAAGUAGUAUUGCAUGCAUUAUGCGAUCCAGCACCUUCAGGCCAAACACGAUCUAGAUUAGGAACACCACCUACUAUUCAUUGUGCCGGUCCAGCAGUGAUUACGAUUAAGGUAGCCGAAGCUCACGUUAAUGAGGGGAUUGAUGACGUGAUAAGGCAAAAUAGAGCAGAGUAUGAAAAUUUAUUAAUAAAGGCAAGUCAGCCGCCACCUAGUAAAGUCAUUCAAGGAUGUGUUUUUUUAGACUAUAUAAUCAUAAUGUUCGAACAUGAAGUAACUUCUAGUCGAACCAGUGAAAGCCCGGUAGGACUGUACGCGAUUCAAGAAAGCGGUGUUAAAUUAUUUUAUCAUCUCAUCAAAUAUUACACAGAAGAAGCAGCAUUGUGCCCACCGACGAAACAAGCUAUUACUACUUGUAUAGAAAAAUUACAGCAAUUAUUUAUCAGCGGCGAGGAGAGUCAAGGUCCACAAUUAUUAGACACUUUAAUGAGGAGACCAAGCCUUGGCAGUUCACUUGGACCACAUUUUACACCUGUUGCUGGCGGUGCUUCGAAAUUUUUAGAAAUGUAUGAAACGGUUGUUAAAUUUUCUACUGGCAAGAACGAUGAUCUUUGUUUCGUAUUAUUAUCAAAGUUCGAUGUUGCGAACUGGUUAAAUUAUAGACGUCCGAGGUUGAGUGAACGAUCGACAUUCAUAGAUUUAGUAUCCAGAGCUCUUUGUAAUCUAGGUUUUAAUCCGGACGAAGAAAAAUUGAUUUUACACGAGAUGUUUAGAAACCAUUUACGACUCAUUUUACUACACGAAUUUCCUGAACACUAUGGCGAAGUUUUAAGCGCCAUAUUAAAAAGUAGCGAGAGUCAAAAUUUAUCGCUAAAUGUAUGGCGAGAUUUAUUAGGAACUCUUAGUGGUAAACCAAAACAUGCAAUUUCAUUUCAAUCAUCCAAAGUUAGGGAUGACAUUCGUCAUUAUGCUACUGAUCAAAGGCUUCUUUCUCGGCAAGAGAUACACGAUACAGCCGUAUUACUGUGUAGACAUUUCAUGCAAGAGCGUUUACAGUAUGGUCUUUAUGGAUUAUAUCCAAAAUACAGAGUUUACAACGAACCAUUAACGAUAUUUCUUGGUAUGGUAGGUCAUGCUCUUGUUGUACUUACACUACAAUCUGAUAGAGGAUCUUUAGGAGAUCAAUUAUGCGAGAAAAUAUGGCCUGUUUUAAGUGAAAUGUAUGCACCUUGGAUUACGCCAUAUUGGACACGAAAUUUAAAGGAACCAACUGCCGCGUGGAUUCAACAACUUACAGACGACAGAUCUGUUUUAUUACCUUGGAUUGUUACAGAUGGUCCCUAUGCUAACAAAAUAGUAGCAAUGUUUGUUGAAUGUAUUCGUUUUAUUAUUGAUACAUUGCCAGCAUCCAGCAAGAUUCUUUGCUUUGUUUGGCAGUUUUAUGUCACUAAUUUUGCACACGCCUCUGUUAAAAAUCAUGUUUUAAAUGUCAUACAUGGUAAUCUUUUGUCAUUGCCAUGGGAUCGUUUUUAUCCGAGUAUAACUGAUAUAGAGUUUAUGAUAAAAGUGAUUGAUCAAUAUUUACCAGAUUGUCACUUAUUUCUUGGGAGUAUAUUUACAUGCCUAAAUUGGUCAGUUUGGAUCAACGACUUUCUAGCGACACAGCCAUUGCCUAUUGUAGCAAGAAUGCACGUUUGUUUGUUAAAUUUAAUUGUAAAAUUAUCCAACGAACCCAAUGUUAGACAGAAUGAUAGGACAAUUCAAUUAGUUACCGAGGCUGAAAAAUUUUCAUGGCAUUUACUAGAAGCGAGCGCAUACGAUCAAAUAAUUAAUUGGUACAUUAUAAGUUGUGAUCCAAGAGUUAUCAUUUAUGUUGACAAUGAUCAAUGUCAUCCCGUAGAUGUUGCUGUGAAUAAUUUGUUAAAGGUAGCAGCAGGUUAUGAUCCUCUUGUGACUCAUUUUCAUCCGACUACAUUGAAAAAGAAACAAAUGUACGUUCGUGCGUCGGUAAAACUAUUAAUCAGUUCUGCAACUCGGCACAAGUCUCUAAUAUCUUCAAAUCCAGAAUUAUUUACUAGUACGUUAUUAAGAAUGUUGGACGAAAUGGAAGCUGUUAUUCUAAAUACUGUUUCAGAAUCACAGCAAAUUGGAGAAGCAAGUUUGUUAAUAACUGAAUUGCUUCACGCUCUAAAUCAAAGUGGACAUCUUAUGAAACAUCUUUGUACCAGUUGGGCUUCGUGGCUUUUGAAGAGAACAACUACUAGUCCAAUUCUCAUAGGUGUACUUAGAGUUGUAACUAUAACAAUUACUUCAACAUCUGUCCUUGGAGAAGUAAUGGAGGCUGGAUUGGAAGCAUAUUUUAAAUUUAAUUUAUUUGAACAAAUUCAACCAACAUGGGCUUCGGUGUUGACAAUUUUGCAAUCAGUAGUACCUCGCCAACCACCAGCGGAGACAGUAUUUGUUUCCGAAGGAAGACUUCUUGCACUAUAUUCUAUUUUAUUAAAACAACUUCCGACGUGUCAAGAUAUCAAAGAAGAAGGAAUGCUUCUUACAAAUCUGGUUGAUUUGAUUUCUGCUGUGAGACCAACAGAUACCAAUGAAGAAAAACUCCCUCUCUUAUGGGCUAAAACCUGUGAACUAGCAUACAGGCAAUGUCAAUACAGUGAAAAUACUGUUAUUGCUGCUAGAGCUCUUAAAGGUUUAGCACGUAUUUUGUUAACAGUGGCUGAUGAUGGAGGACAAGGGUGGGAUAUAUUAGGAGCUAUUGGCCUAAGAAAAGGAUCACUACUCUCUAUUAAGUGCAAAUUUUUAAGUCGCGCAAUAGGUGUAUAUUGCUUGGCACAAUUACCCGAGUCAAAAUCGGAACAACAGUUAGUGAGGUUCACUCCUAAUUCACCUGGAGUAGCACCUUUAAGAACAACUGAUCAGGAUUCAAUGGAAAUUCGACCUAGUACAGAAGCAAUUAAAGCUAUGCAGACUUUAGAAAACCUUUUACUAAGCAAGCAAUAUGUAGAACUUAAAGGAAACAUAGAGCGUUCAAUCAGAUUGAUCAGAGACUCUGAAAAUUCACUACACAAUGCAGUUACAGUUAUAGGUGUACUCACAACAGAACUUUACAAACAAAGAUAUUUGCAUCUUUUAAUUGAGUAAUCUUUAUGAUGUAAAUAUAUAAAAUAAUUGUUUCAGCCAGUGCUGCCCACGAGUAGAUUCUUUCACGCAGCUUUGUCUCCAUAUAUGCCAUAUUAUGUUUCAAUAAUGCUUGCAUACAUGUCGCAAAAUCAGUCAGUGUCCCUGUUAAAGAAACAACGUUUGUAUGAUUCGGAGCUUGUAUUGGACAGCACUGGCUUAAAAUGUUAUAAUUGUUUAAAAUAUUUACUAUGCACUUAGUAUGCCUUUAAGCAAACAUCGACGAAGAAGAAAAUAUCAAUUAGAGAUGGUAAAGUUGUUGAUUUCUCACAAUUUUUAAUAUGACUACCUCUAGUUUUGACUGCUUUGUUUGUUCAAGUAAAAUUGUAUGAACUAAUUAAUUUUUAAAUAAAACAAAUAUUGUGUAAAUGUGUAAUCGUUUGACUAUAGGCAAGCAAGCAUACACUAAUAAUUAUUUAAUUAUUACAUGUAACUGUAUAUAAUAUAAUUUUAUUCUUAAUAUUUA